UUUUGUAUAUUUAUUAAAAAAUGAUUGUUUAUUAGGAAAGUGAUAUUGAUAUACCAAUUAAAAGUUCAAGUGAUCAAAAACAAUUUAAAGUAUAAAAAAAAAAUUCUUGUUCAUUUUGAAAAUACAACAACAGACAAUUAUUCAUCAAUUACAAAUUGCUAAUAAACAUAACCAUCAAACAGAUAAUAGAAAAUUCCUAUAUAAAGUUAGGCAUCGUCAAAGUAAAAUGGGACGUCUGCGUUCAGUAAUUGCUCAAGGUUCAACACCAGAACCAGCACCAAUUCGUAGAUCACUCAGGCUAUCAAGCAAAACACGUAGAGAUGGUAUUGCUAAAUGCAUGAAGCUAAAUACACAAAAUAAAAAAAAUAUAAAAAAUGCAAUACUAUUAGAAUCAAGUCCACUACGUCCUCGUUCAGUAAUUGCUCAAAGUUCAACACCAGCACCAAUCGACCAUGUUGUUAAUGAUGAUAAGACUGAAUGUUCAAAAAGUCGUGGAAAAAUUAAAAUAUUAAGAUGGAAACGUAUGAGUAUGAGACAAAUAAAUAAAGAUCUUGCUGAAGGCAUAAAGCUACUAAAUAAACAAAUAAAACAAAAUAAAAAAAAUAUUAAAAUUGCAGCACAGAUAAUAAUGAAGCGUGUUAAUGAUGAUUGCCUGGCUGAAAUAUUCAUGUAUGUGCCAGCAUGUGAGAGACCAAAAAUUGCAAUGGUAUGCAAAAAAUGGAAAAGAGCCCUUGAUUAUUCUUGGUUUAAUGUCAAAAAACUUGAAUUAACUUACUGGCGAUAUCAUGAACUUCCAUGUUGUUUAAAAAAAUAUCAAACAGUUGAUGGAAAAUUAAAUUUUUUAAAGUCACUGCUUGAUAAAUGUGGUCGUUAUUUAAAAACAUUAGACUUGACAGCUUAUGAUCGUUGUAACAUAGUGCCAAUUAUCAAUGAUUAUUGUCCAAACCUCGAGAAACUUCGAGUGAGAUUCAUCGAUAUUGACGAUACAAUGUUAUCCAAUACAUUUACACGUCUAUCUAAACUAAAAUCGUUGACAAUUAUAUUUGAAAAUAUGAAAGGUAAAUCAAUACCUGUGACUUUAAUAAAUUCAUUGAAAAACGUUGCUGGUACAUUGACUGAACUGAAUUUGUUGAAUUUUGUCAAUCACUUGGAUGAAAGCUGUGAUUAUCCAAAAGAAUUUGAUUGUGUGAUUCGUGAACUGAAAGUCAUGAAAAAAUUUGAAGUUGCUGGUGUACGAGAUUCCAAAAAUUCAUUCAAAUUGACAAAUGCAAAUAUUAAAAAAAUUGAAAAGUGA